AUGAGCCACCAGCCGUCUGUAGCUGCGCAGAAGAAGUCGUGGAACAAAAACGUCGUGAAAGUUGUGAAGAAGAUGACCAAAGUUUAUGAGGAGGUCCGACUAGAAAUAGUCAAAGGUGAUGUUUCACCGAAGUCAUUUACAAAGUUGACUCAACAACUUGAGAAGACGACACCAGUGAUUGACCAAUCUCCAUACAAAUCAAAUGAAGUUAUUCCAGACGAUGUUUCUCAGACAUUAAUAACUCUUUUAGAUGCUAUUAUAGACUUUCUUCUUAAAAUAGAACAUGAAGAUUCUACACAUACACAAGGCAUCUAUGUGAUGCUUCUUAAGCUUAUAGAGUUUCCAAACUACCAACCAUACUUAUACGAGGACUUCCCACCCCCACAGAUCUCCACUUCAUUAUCAAAUGUCUUCUGCUCCUAUUACAACGCACUUUUAAGAACAGCACUCCUCUUGAUCUCAUCAAUGACUGCCGCUCCUAUUCUUAACUCCGUCAAAGAACAAAAAGAGAAGCUGAAAGUCAAGAAGUUGACGACGUAUCAAUUUGUCAUGAAAGCGCCUCCUCUUGAAGAGAAGAUGUAUCAAGUCACCGCAGAUGUAUUAGCCGCAGUGUCUUUAAGGAUCCCACAAAUUGCAAAAGAGAUCUUCGAAGCGAUUAGUUCGAAGCCGGUGAACUUCUGUCGUUCGAUUUAUCCAAUCAGUGUGUGGGAAAGUUUUAGUAAAUAUUGUGUAGCGACCAAUCGGAUGUGUCAGAAAUUUCAAAGCGGGUUGUCAGGAGUCGAGAACAAGUGGACGUUACACUUCUCUGCUCGUCUUCCAUUUUCUUUCAAAUAUUACAUAGCGUACCUUAAUAAAGUCAUUGCUAUUGUAGGAACAACUAGUGAACAAAUCACAGCAGUCCAUGGAUAUGUCCAAUUAGUCUCAUUUACAACUCAUUUGUCCCACGGAAAGCCCUCUAAAUUGAAUUCGCCUGAGAUGUUUUAUACGACAAUAGCAACAUUAUGUCUGACUCAAUUUCCAAGUACUUUCAAAAAGGUGAUGGAAGACAAAUUUGCACGGACAAAUGCGUAUUCCAUCGACUCGUUGUCGAAUUUUGUCGUCUCAAGUCAAAAGAUAUUUGAAACAUUUGUCGAGCGCGGGGUAGUCCUUGGAGAUGUAGUUGACACGGAAAGGAUCGUUAAAGUGUUAGAUGCUAUAAUGAAGAGUGAUUCAUAUUAUGCACUCUCCACAGCAAUGUCGUUACUCUAUGAGUUACUCGGGUGCUUAGAUAAAGUACAGAAGAAGGUCAUUCAACAGUUCAUUGUCAACAACUUCAAUUUCUUUGCUAUUCACUGGUAUUACCAAACUCGGAGAUUCUUCUUUAAAGUCAUCUUCAAUCGUUUAACUAUCGCUCCAGCUUUCAGAAUCACCGGUUCCUUACUUGAAAAUGAAGUAAAGAAGUACGAAAAAUAUGGCGAUCUCACUUAUGAAACAACUCUCACAGAAAUCAUUCAACUCAAAAUUAAAUUCCUUCGCGCUGCGUUGAAGGGCGACAAAAAAUUGCAGCCAGAGGAUUUGCCACACAAAAAGUACUUGAAAGAGGCGGUCGACGAAAUAGACGAGGAACUCAAGGAAUUCGAAAAAUGGAAAACUACUAAUACUGAACAGUGUCCACUCCAACAUCUCGACCUCACUCUUGUCACUAAGCUUGAAAACAGCUUAAUUUGA